CUCAACUGUAAACAAGGUUUUCAUCCUAGCAUCUUGGUGUCAGUCUCUCUGAUGAAGUAUGCGUCAGGACACGGUGAAACAUAUUCUGCUACGUAAAAGGUAUCUUUCCCACCACAUGGCCAUCUCUCACCUCACCCUACGUCAGAUCCAUUCACUCAGGCUUAUGUAAGAUCUCGUCCUCUUCCUCCCAACCAAGCAAAUAUCUUGAACUCCCUUCCCCCACCAAUCCUUCUUUCAAGACUGAUGUCCAGAAUAUCCAUCGUCGCAACAAUGCUCACCUCGAAGCCCACGAUCAUUCUAGUUCAAGGCUCCUUCCAGACCCCGCUCGUUUAUGAGCAACUCAGAACCGGCCUUCACAACGCGGGAUAUCCCGUCGUCCACCCCAGACUCCCCAGCAUCUGCACCGACAUGAACGACAGUGAGUUUCUUUCUUGUACACUAAAAGACGAUGUAGACGCUGUCACCACAGCCCUUAAACACCUCGUCGAAGAAGAGAAGAAAUCAGUGGUGGUUGUGAUGCACUCCUACGGUGGCAUCGUGGGCACCGAAGCAAUCCCCAAGCACCUCACCCACGCGGCGCGGCGCGCCCGGGGACAUCAAGGGGGAGUCCUCCACCUCUUCUACUUUGCUGCCUUUAUCCUGCCCGAAGGUAAAUCCGUACUCGAGGCCUUCGGAGAGUCUCCGAUCAAUGACGUGCAGCCAGAUGGCAGAUCCCGAUUGAAGAACGGCGCCCAGACAGUGUACGGCGACCUCCCGACUGCGGAGGCGGCGUUAUGGGAAUCGCGCCUCGUACCCCAGUCGUACGCGGUGCAGACCACGUGCACGACCCGGGCGGCGUACGAGUACCUGCCUUCGACCUACCUGGUGUGCGAGGGGGAUCAAGCAGUCCCGCCGAGUUUUCAGGAGGGGUUUGCGGGGCUGGCCCGCGCGGAAGUGGAUCGGUGCACCGCUGGCCACUCGCCGAUGCUGAGCCAGCCGGCUAUGUUGGUGGGGAAAAUUGCUGCGGUGGUGGAUCAGGCGGGCGCGGCGGCGGCGGGGUUGAGCUUGUAG